AUGGUUUCCGGCCCCACGGGCGCGCACGGCGCCGCGGACGCUCCUCGCGGCCCGGUCGGGCGCUUCAUGUUCUGGUACGCCGGCGUGUGCUACGACAGGCCGUGGCGGGUGCUGCUCGGGGCGUUCAGCGUCCUCAGCCUGGUGUCCCUGCUGGGGCUGUCGAGCGGGAUCGCCUCGAUGACGGGGGGCAUCGACCCCGACGCCUGGCGCUUCGCGAUUUUCGGCCGCGACGAGAUGCUCCUGGACUACCGCGCGAUGAAGGACGCCGAGGCGCUGUGGAUGCAGCGCACGACGGGCGACCAGGGCGGCGCCACCGUUGAUGACGUGCCGGAGCGGUCGCUGCCGCGGGACGAUCGGUUCUUCCUCGCGUACAGGUCGGAGAGCGGCGACAUGAUCCAGUGGGACCAGAUGCGGGGCGUCAGGCGCGUCGAGGAGCCGGCGCUGAUGCUGGAGUCGUGGGACAAGUACUGUCUGCGGAAGUACGACCGCUGGGGGCGGGACGAGGGCUGCCGGCGACCGAAGUCGCUGGCGAAUUUCGUGUUCCCGCGGUCGGUGGAGCAGGUCCGCGCGUUGCACAACGGGUACGGCGUGUACGAGAAGGACCCCGCGCAGGCCGCGGGCGACCUCGCGUGGGACAUGCUGGCCAACCGCAUCGGUCUGACGGACGACUUGUACUUCGAAGACGGGUUCUACUGGUACUUCCAGCGCGGGUUCGGGACAUACAACAUCCACUCGCAGCACCUCCUGUCCCAGCUGUCGUUCGGCCAGCCCCUCCCCGGGUUCAAGCCGGGGGAGUCCCUGUCGAGACAGAACGCCCUGACGUGGCGGCACGCGGAGAGGGACGUCGACGCCGUGCUGCGCAACGUGACGGGCAUCGAGGCGCAGGCGCGGUGGCCGCGGUCGCCGUACCUGUACCGCGCGUACGCGCCGGGCACGGCGGACGAAAAGGAAGUCGAGGUUUUGUGGUUCUCGGUCAACCUCUUCUUCCACGAACUCGAGCGGUCGGCGCUCGAGGACGUGCGCAUGUCCGGCAUCGCGAUGGCGUGCAUCGCGACCUGGGUGCUCUUCCACACGCGCUCGCUCCUCGUCACCCUCGCCGGCACGUGCGCGAGCGUCCUCGCGUUCCCGCUCACCUACAUUGUCUUUCGCUAUGUAGCACAAAUCACGUACUUCGAAGUGACGCACCUCGUCGCCGUCUUCCUCUUCCUGGGCGUCGGCGCCGACGACGUGUUCGUCUUCUUCGACUUCCUCGCCCAGGCGCUCGCGGCGGAGCGGCCGGGAGCGCAGCGGAAGGCCACUGUGCAGCACGCGGCUGCGGCGGCGGGACGGUCGGUGUUCGCGACGUCGCUGAGCACGUCGGUGGCGUUCGCGGUCGCGGCGGUAACGAAGCGCGUCGCGGUGGCGUCGUUCUGCGCGUUCUGCAGCAUCGGAUUCGGCAUGCUGUGGGCGUGCACCGUCGCGCUGCUGACGCCGGCCUGCGCGAUCUGGGCGGCGCGGCGGCCCGCACCGCUCGCGUCUACAUACAUCGUCGAGAUGGCGCAGUUUGGGCUGGACAAGCCCGCGGCGGGCGCGGGCGCGGGCGCGGGCGAUGAGGGGGGGGACCAUGCGGAAGACACCCCCCUGGUGGGGGACGGGGCGCCGCGGGCAGCGCAGGCGCGGGCGCCGCACGGCGGGUCGCGCUGCGGCUGCGUGGGGCAAUGCUUGCACGCGACGUCGCGGGCUGCGGACGCGGCGCGAGCAGGCAUCGGGCUGUUCUUGGGCGGACCUUGGGCGACGUUUGUGCGCGUCCUGCGGUUCCCGAUCGUGCUGGGGUUCGGCGUGCUGCUGUGGCACGGUGCCACCCACGUGCUGCAGAUCGAGGGCGACAACCGUCUCGAGGAGUCGUUCUUCGACGACAGCCAUAUGUUCAACAGGUUUCUAGCGCUUCUGGGGCGCGGUGGGCCGUACGAGAAGCCCGCGGACACGACGGUCCGCUUCGUGUGGGGUGUCAAGGGCAUGGACAGAACGGGCAAGUCGUUCUGGGACACGGACGAUCCAGGCACGGUGAUGCUGGACGAGGACCUCGACUUUUCGUCGCCCUCAGUCCAGGGGUUCAUGCUCUACGCGUGCGGGGCCAUGGUCGACCCAGCGUUUGGCCCGUGCACGUCGGGGCUGUGCGACGGCGUCAACCUCGUGCGGCCGCGGACGAACAUCAUCGCGGUGGAGGAGAAGGAGGUCCCGAUCCCCUGUUUCUUCCGCGCCCUGGAGGACCACUUACAAGACAAGUAUCACAAGGGCGAGAAAGACGCUGGGCAGCUGCUGGGGCGGCUGUCGCCCGAGGACUUCGCGGCGGAGGUCAAGCUCUUCUGGCGCUCGCACAACCUCGCGGACGAGAUCAGGACGGGCGUCGUCGUCGACAUGAACGCCACCGAGCCGGCAAAGGUGCUGCCGUUCUUCGUCAACAAGCUGGUGCUCGGGGCGGACGCGAAGACCUCGGCGGAGACGCAGGCGGUGUACCGAGACCUCGAGCACGUGCGCGACAGGCUGCGGGCGCAGGCGCCGGUCGGGGCGAAGGGCGUCAAGGUUCUGAUCGGGCACAAGUUUGCUGUCAUGCGGACGCAAGACGCCCUCGUGCGGUUCGCGCAGCUCAAUAUGCUCCUGGUCCUCGUCUUCGCGUGGAUCGUGCUGCUGUUCCUGACGCGCAGCCUCGUGCUGGCGACGUGCGUGGCCGUCAUGGUGGCGGGCAUCGUGUGCACCGUGGUGGGCUCGCUCGCCGUCGCCUGGAGAGGCUACAAGCUCGGCCUCGCGGAGGUCGUGUCCGUCGCCCUCGUCAUCGGCUUCAGCGUCGACUACGGCACCCACAUCGUCAUGGGGUACAUCGACAGCCCCGCGCCGACCCGGGAGGCCCGCACGCGCGACGCUCUGCGCUGCCUGGGCAUGGCGGUCGUGUCCGCCUGCACAACCACGGCCGGCAGCGCGGCUGUGCUCGUGGCCACGCGCCUGCUCUUCUUCCAGCGCAUGGCCUUCUUCGUCGUCGGCACGCUCGCGUCCUCCCUCGUGUGGAGCCUGACGUUCCUCACCGCGCUGCUCAUGAUCGUCGGGCCGCAGCCGCGCGCGCGGACCGAGGGGGGGCGCGCGGGCGUGACGAAGCCAGUUGCAACGGAGGCACACGCGUGA